CUAGCUAUUUAGCUAAAUAAUUUGAUAGCAAAGCAAUAACUAGCUAACGUUAGCUACCAGUGGCGUGUCCAGAACAUUUUCAAUGGGGUGGCCAAAGUUGGGCAUAGACCCAGUUUAGGAGGGGAGGGCAUACCAUUUUAAUGCAAGGUGGAUUUUUUUCAAUGUAAUUAUGAUGGUUCGACAACGCAUUACAGGUAUAAUAAGAUACCCAUAUACUCACGCUAAUGCAAGCUAGCAUUGGCUCGCGAAACUACCUCUUAACUUCCUUCAUACUGGACACAUACAAAUGGUAUCCAGGCGUUCACCUGACUCUGGGGAAGUGGAUAAAGCUAUAUCCGAAAAACUGGCAUUUGGAAAGUUUGAGGUGGACACAAAUCGCAUCGUCCACAUUCAUUCUGUUAUUAUUCUCCGACGCUCGGACAAGAGGAAGGAUCGUGUGGAAAUUUCGCCUGAGCAGCUGUCUUCAGCGGCAACCGAAGCGGAGAGGUUGGCUGAAAUGACUGGACGGCCGAUGCGUGUAGUUGGUUGGUACCACUCUCACCCCCACAUCACUGUGUGGCCAUCACAUGUGGAUGUGAGGACACAGGCCAUGUAUCAAAUGAUGGACCAGGGCUUUGUUGGGCUGAUAUUCUCCUGCUUCAUUGAGGAUAAGAACACAAAAACUGGUCGAGUUCUCUACACCUGCUUCCAGUCUGUCCAAGCCCAGAAAGGCUCUGAGUACGAGAGAAUCGAGAUCCCAAUUCAUGUGAUUCCACACGAGGCCAUUGGGAAAGUGUGCCUUGAAUCAGCAGUGGAGCUUCCCAGAAUCCUCUGCCAGGAAGAGCAGGACACCUACAGAAAGAUUCACAGCUUAACUCAACUGGAUCCGAUCACGAAGAUACACAAUGGCUCAGUCUUCACUAAGAACCUGUGCAGCCAGAUGUCUGCUGUGAGUGGUCCCCUGCUGCAGUGGCUGGAGGAUCGUCUGGAGCAGAACAAACAGAACAUCAUUGAGCUGCAGCUGGAGAAAGAGAGACUAACUCAGGAGUUGGCAACUAUGUGAAAGGGAGAGAGUUAAGAAAUAGACACGUGGGCCUACCGAGUGGCGCAGCGGUCUAAGGCACUGCAUCGCAGUGCUUGAGGCGUCACUACAGACCCGGGUUUGAUCCCGGG